AUGGCGAACGUGGGGCUGCAGUUCCAGGCGAGCGCCGGGGACGCGGACCCGCAGAGCCGGCCCGUGCUGCUGCUCGGCCAGCUGCACCACCUGCACCGCGUGCCCUGGAGCCACGUCCGCGGGAAGCUGCAGCCCCGGGUCACCGAGGAGCUCUGGCAGGCCGCUCUGGCCACACUCAACCCCAACCCCACGGACAGUUGUCCCCUGUACCUGAACUGCGCCACCGUGGCAGCCCUGCCCUCCAGGGUGAGCCGGCACAACAGCCCCUCGGCUGCCCACUUCGUCACUAGGCUUGUGCGGACCUGCCUACCUCCUGGAACGCAUCGGUGCAUCCUGAUGGUCUGUGAGCAGUCUGAUGUCUUCGCCUCGGCCUGCGCUCUGGCCCGGGCCUUCCCGCUGUUCACUCAGCGCUCAGGGGCUUCACGGCGCACAGAGAAGAGGACCGUCACGGUGGAGUUCUCCCUGGUGGGACAGGACAACGGGCCAGUGGAAGUGUCCACACUGCAGUGCUUAGCGAAUGCCACUGAAGGUGUGCGGCUGGCCGCCCGCAUUGUGGACACACCAUGCAAUGAGAUGAACACAGACAUUUUCCUUGAGGAGAUUAGCAAAGUUGGAAAAGAGCUGGGGAUCGCCCCCACUGUCAUCCGGGAUGAAGAGCUGAAGACGAGGGGAUUUGGAGGUAUCUAUGGGGUUGGCAAAGCUGCUCUACACCCGCCAGCUCUGGCUGUCCUCAGCCACACGCCUGAUGGGGCCACGCAGACCAUUGCCUGGGUGGGCAAGGGCAUCGUCUACGACACGGGGGGCCUCAGCAUCAAAGGGAAGACCACUAUGCCAGGGAUGAAGCGAGACUGUGGGGGUGCUGCAGCCAUCUUGGGGGCCUUCAGAGCAGCCAUCAAACAGGGUUUCAAAGACAACCUCCAUGCAGUGUUCUGCUUGGCUGAGAAUGCAGUGGGACCCAACGCCACUCGGCCCGAUGACAUUCACUUACUGUACUCAGGAAAGACCGUAGAAAUCAACAACACAGACGCGGAGGGCAGGCUGGUGCUGGCCGAUGGCGUGUCCUAUGCCUGCAAAGACCUAGGAGCUGACAUCAUUGUGGACAUGGCCACUCUGACUGGGGCCCAGGGCAUCGCCACGGGGAAGUACCAUGCCGCCGUGCUCACCAACAGUGCCGACUGGGAGGCAGCCUGUGUGAAGGCUGGCCGGAAGUGUGGGGACCUGGUGCACCCCCUGGUCUACUGCCCAGAGCUGCACUUCAGCGAGUUCUCCUCAGCUAUGGCUGACAUGAAGAACUCAGUGGCGGACCGAGACAACAGCCCCAGCUCCUGUGCUGGCCUCUUCAUAGCCUCCCACAUUGGAUUCGACUGGCCUGGUGUCUGGGUCCACCUGGACAUUGCUGCUCCGGUACAUGCUGGUGAGCGAGCCACAGGCUUCGGUGUGGCCCUCCUGCUGGCGCUCUUUGGACGUGCCUCUGAGGACCCGCUGCUGAACCUGGUGUCCCCGCUGGACUGUGAGGUGGACGCUCAGGAGGGUGACAUGGGGCGAGACUCCAAGAGACGUAGGCUCGUGUGAGGGCCACCUCCUGCCUCUGCUCAGCGACACAGAGCUCUUCACCUCAUUUUGCACUGAUUAAUUUUAAGCAAUUAAAAGACUAGACCUGCA